UCUCAUCUUCGCUUUCUUCGCUUUCAUUUUUUUUGACCUGCUUUUGUGGGAUUGACAGUUCGAUCGGAAUUCUUAUGGAUCCCGUCUUCAGCUGCAUUUAGUCACCAUUGGGAGUGACUCUCUGCGACCCCGACCGUCCCUUUGGAUGCUUAACUUUGACAUCGUUUAGUUGGCACUCUGGUUGGGCUAACGUACCUCCUUUCUUUUCCCCUCGAACCAAGCUUUUCACGAGAAACGAUUUUCUUUUUUUUCACUUUGAAACUAGACUUUUGGACAGAUCAUUAUUAUCACUUGUGCUAAAAGAAAAAACUAAUAUUAUUCUUGCAUUCUGCCCGCUGUCCGACGACUUCCAUGAUCCCUGCUUCCCAUUUUGUAUGAAUUGGACGUUGGGCAUUUACCGCUACCUAUCACCAUGGAUACUCUUUUAACCGCAGACAUUGUCGCCAGCUCCCCGCGAUUUCGGCGCAAGUCGUCGACAUUUGUCGAUGCAAUUCAUGACUUACCGGAAAAGGCCGACCUGGCGCCGGCGCAGCUCUACAGUACCGAGUCUGGUAGGCUUUUCCACUCAGGUCGGAUUGUCAUAAUCACUGUAGGCCUGCCUGCGCGGGGCAAGACGCAUAUGUCUGUCGCAAUGGCCCGCUAUCUUCGCUGGUUGGGUGUUAAGACACGGAUCUUCCACCUAGGAGAUUACCGACGAGCUACGAUUCCCUAUGGCCAGGAUAUUCCGGAUGACUAUUUUUUUGUGAACGCCUCCGCGUCGUCAGUUUUGCUGAGGCAAAAGAUUGUUAAAAGGUGUCGCGAGGAUAUUUACCGGUUCCUGAAUGAAGAAAAUGGACAAAUUGCAAUUUAUGACGCUGUUAACCCAUCAGCCGCGGGACGGAGGUCAUUAGCGAAUGAGUUCGCUAAGCACGAAUUUGAGACAUUGUUCAUCGAAUCAUGGUGUGAUGAUAGCCGCAUUAUCGAAGAGAACGUGCGGAGGGUCAAAAUUUCAUCUCCUGAUUAUGUUGGGUGGACGUCGGAAGAUGCUGUUAAACAUUAUCUGGCGAGGAUAUCUGCUCGUAUCCCUCAGUUUCAUACUAUGGAAGAGAAGGACUUGAACUACAUUAAAAUGAUCAAUGCGGGAGAAAGACUGAUAGUCAACAACAGAAGUUUUGGUUAUCUUUCGAAUCGGAUUGUGUUCUACCUUCUUAAUCUUCAUAUCAAGUCUCGACACACGUACUUUGCACGGGCCGGUGUUUCGGUCGAUGCGAAUUCCUACAAAGCAGAUGGACCUCUCUCUGAAAAAGGCGAAGAUUAUGCCAAGAAGAUGACUGAGAUUCUGCUGAAGCAUAGAGAGUCUGAAAAACAGGCAAUGGUGGAUCAAGCAGAGCCGGACUACGCGCUGAAACCCUUGACUGUUUGGACCUCAACAAGACGUAGGACCGUUGAGACUGCAAAGUAUUUGCACGAAAAAGGCUACAAAGUUCGGCAAAGGUCGCAACUGAGCCAACUGAAUCCUGGUGUUUGCGAGAUGAAGUCAGAGAGAAGAAUUCGCCAAGAAUACCCCGAAGAGGUAGCCAAACAUGAGCUUGAUCCUUACCACCAUAGAUAUCCCCGCGCGGAGUCAUACCAUGAUCUUGCGGUACGACUUGAGCCUAUCAUUUUGGAGCUCGAACGCGAGCAAAAUGACUUGUUGAUUAUCGCUCACGAAAGCGUGUUGAGGGUUCUGUACGGGUACCUUAUGGCAUGCAAUGCAGCAGAUAUUCCAUUCCUAGAAUUCCCACGGGAUGAAAUCAUUGAGAUUAUCCCCGAAAGCUACCAGAAUGAGGCGCGCAGAAUCCAUGUUCCUGGUCUUCCCAAUGAAAUCAUUCCCGGCUCGCCCGAAGAUAUAAAGAUUCCGGUACCUCCGAGUGGAGUUACAACACCCCUGUUCCAAGGAAUAGGAAGCCCAAAGGAAGGUUUCUCAACACCACAAGGCGGCAUUCGGACCCCUCGUGAGCCGGAGCGAAUCUCGCAGCAGCACAGACAGAUUGGUUUCAAGUCUGCUUACUUCAUGGUUUCGAUCACCGCUGAGUAUAUCAGCGUUGGCGGAAAUAGGCACCCCGCUGCUGCGGAUUGGGAUGUUCAGUCUGGGGUGCUCGCCUAUGGCGCAGAUAAUAAUGUCGCUUUGUGGGAGCCCAGGGAUGCAUCCAACCGUGGGGCGUACUCCGUCCUCGUCGGUCAUACUGAGAAGGUCAACGUCGUUAGAUUUUACACCUGUCCCACCACCGGCACGAAACUUCUUCUGACUGGCGCUGUCGACCAUACUGUUCGGAUAUGGCAAGCUGAUCAAUCCGACCCCAAACGAUUUGCUCCUGUCCUUACGCUAGAGGGCCACACGGGGUCGGUAAAUGCGAUUGCGACAACCGCAGGCGCAGACGUCAUUGCCACUGGCGCAGCAGACGGGACGGUGAUAAUACGGAGGGUAACCGUUGGAGAAUCGGUGAAGGCAGAUUUACUGGAAACUAUACCCAUGAAGCCCCGGUAUUUCCCUCUAGCACUGGCCUUGGCGCUACUUCCGACAGAAUCGCAAGACCGGCCCAUGGCGUUGGCAGUUGCAGGCACCACCAACGUCGUGCAGGUUUACGCUGCUGAAAGCACCAUUGCGACAACUAAUUUCAAGAUCUCUGCUACACUCUCGGGGCAUGAAGCUUGGGUUCGCUCGCUCUCUUUCACCGCAGACAAGGGGAAUAAAGCAGGAGACCUUCUGCUUGCGUCCGCUAGCCAGGAUAAAUACGUUCGACUAUGGCGCUUCAAUCGCGGUGAAGUGUCUCGUCCGUCAGUAGGAGAUGACGCCGAUGCCGUUCUGGGCGGUCUUGAGCCAACCUUGUCCAACAAAGCCCACCAAUUUGGAGCCGCUGGAUCCAAAUACUCCGUCACAUUUGAAGCCCUUCUAUUUGGGAAUGAAGAUUGGGUUUAUACCACUACAUGGAACCCCAACCCCGAGCGUCAACAGCUUCUCACCGCCUCUGCUGACAAUACUUUGACUAUUUGGGAGCAAGAUCCGGUGUCUGGAGUGUGGCUUUCGGCGGAAAGGAUGGGAGAGAUUAGCGUGCAGAAGGGUUCUACUACCGCUACGGGAAGUACCGGUGGAUUUUGGAUUGGCCUCUGGUCUCCAGACGGCAAUCAGGUUGUGAGUCUCGGGCGUACAGGCAGCUGGAGGGCGUGGAGGUAUGAAGCCGAAAUGGAUGUCUGGGUUCAGAUACUCGGUAUCACUGGGCAUGUACGAUCAGCCAACGGAAUUCAAUGGGAGCCUUCUGGUGGAUAUCUUCUUUCAACAAGCGCUGACCAAACUACACGCCUUCAUGCACAAUGGAAUCGACACGGCAUUAAGUCAUGGCAUGAAUUCUCGCGGCCACAAAUCCACGGCUAUGAUCUAAACUGCGUCGACACAUUGGGUCCCACACGUUUUGUGUCGGGCGCAGAAGAAAAACUCCUACGAGUAUUCAACGAACCCAAGCCAAUUGCGCAGCUCCUGGAGAGACUAUGUGAUUUCCACCAGUCUCCGGAGGGAGAUCUCCCGGAUACCGCCCAUAUUCCGGUUCUAGGAUUGUCUAAUCAAGCUGUCGGCGAACAAGCGCCUGCUGACGCAGAUGUUGUGGACAGCGUGGAUGUUGGACAGGCCCAUGCGAAUCAAGAGAUUCUAUCAAACUCCACGCAACCCCCUCUCGAAGACCAACUGGCUCGUUACACAUUGUGGCCUGAGCACGAGAAACUCUACGGCCACGGCUACGAAAUUUCAGCCGUGGCUGUUAGCCACGAUCGCACUCUCAUCGCUACCGCCUGCAAGGCAAGCUCGAUAGAUCAUGCCGUAGUGCGACUGUACGACACCUCGGAUUGGCACGAGAUUCGACCCUCCCUUGCAGCACACACCUUGACCAUUACAGAUCUGUGCUUCUCUACGGAUGACAAAUAUCUUCUGAGUGUUGGACGUGACCGUCAGUGGGCAGUUUACCGUCGAAGCGAAUCCGAUCCCUCAACAUUUGCCCUUAUGACAUCGAACCCGAGGGGCCAUUCCCGAAUGAUUCUCGACGCGGACUGGGCUCCCAUGCUAGAGAACCAGCCCCCGAUAUUUGCGACGGCUGGCCGAGAUAAGUCGGUUAAGUUAUGGCAAUUAGUCGGGGAGUCGUUCGAGUGCAAGUCAACUAUCUCCAUGAAAAGCUCAGUGACUGCUGUUGCAUUCCUCGCACAGACUUACAAUGGUGCUUUCUUCCUUGCAACGGGAGAGGAUAACGGCACGCUAUCAAUCCAUCAAGUUUCCACCGAAACCCUUGAAUCCACUCCAGUAGCGAGCCUUGAUAAAGAUGUGUCACCAUCUAAAACGAUCACGGAACUAUUAUGGCGGCCUCUACCACAAAUCAGUGGUGAGGUGGGAGGCGAUAAGUUGAAUUUCGAGCUUGCAGUGGCAAGCGAGGAUACCUCGAUACGUAUAUACAGCAUCGCGGAUAUGAUACCCAUAUCAUGAACAAGAUCAAGAUGUCUAUGUU